CAGACCUUGACCAGUCUGUUCAUCCAGUACGACGGAAAACCUGUGAUGUUCAUGCAGCCCUGAAAUUCAUGUCAGGCAUGGACAACAUGGAGCAAAGCUUAUUUCGGAAGGUGGAUGUGCCGGACCAUGCUCACUACAUCGUGGCCUGUUUUGUCCUGGUCAUUGGAGCUGUUGGGGUAGGCGGGAACGCCCUGGUGAUGUACGCCUUCUUCAGUAAUAAGAAACUUCAGACUCCUCCCAACUAUUUCAUCAUGAAUCUGGCGGUGAGUGACUUCCUCAUGGCCAUCACCCAGUCCCCCAUCUUCUUUGUCAACUGUCUCUACAAGGAGUGGAUAUUUGGAGAAACAGGCUGUAAAAUGUACGCCUUCUGUGGGGCAUUAUUUGGGAUCACCUCCAUGAUCAACCUGCUGGCUAUCUCUAUUGACCGCUACGUGGUGAUCACCAAGCCCCUGCAGGUCCUCCAUUGGACGUCUAAACGCCGCACCACUGGGAUCAUCGUCAUCGUCUGGCUCUACUCGCUGGCCUGGAGCCUGGCCCCCCUCUUGGGUUGGAGUUCCUAUAUCCCUGAGGGCCUGAUGACAUCCUGUACAUGGGAUUAUGUGACAUCCACACCAGCAAAUAGGAGCUACACUCUGAUGCUCUGCGUCUUUGUUUUCUUCAUCCCGCUGGGUAUCAUCUCAUACUGCUAUCUCUGCAUGUUCCUCGCCAUACGCACUGCCAGUAGAGAUAUGGAGAAGCUGGGCAGUCAGGUGAGGAAGUCCACCCUGAUCCAACAGCAGUCCAUCAAGACAGAGUGGAAGCUGGCCAAGAUUGCCUUUGUGGUCAUCAUUGUGUAUGUGAUGUCCUGGUCUCCCUACGCCUGUGUCACCCUGAUCGCCUGGGCUGGCUAUGGAAGUUCCCUCAGCCCCUACUCCAAGGCAGUCCCUGCUGUCAUAGCCAAAGCCUCAGCCAUUUAUAACCCAUUCAUCUAUGCCAUCAUCCACUCCAAAUACAGAGACACUCUGGCAGUGAAUGUUCCCUGUCUGCACUGUCUGGGCCAGCCCCCAAGGAAGGACUGUAUCUCUGUGUCCAACAGUGAGUCCUCCAUCAGGGACUCCAUGCUGAGCAGACAGUCGUCCAUUUCCAAAACUAAGUUCUACAGAGUUUCCUCCAUGUCCACCAGAGACACACAGAUAUGGAGUGACGUGGAGCUGGACCCCAUGUCUUCUCAGUCUCUAAGGAGCACUCACUGCUCUGGAACUCUGAGGGUAAAAGAGUGCAGACAGUUGGACCAGCUACAGGUCAACAUAAGGGACAGCAACAGCCUGGAAAAGGCUUCCGUCCCUGAUAAGGACUUACUAAGCAGCUGUGACCAUGACCUGGUGUCUGAAUCUAUCAACAUCGCCACCGUGCCACUUCUUAUAACCAGGGAGGAGGAAUCUGAGAACGGGUGGCUAGAGGAGACCCAGGAGGAAGCCCCCCAGCUAAUGUCACCUCCCAGGACCCCACAAAUAGGACUCCCCAUAAACCUGAUCCACAUCAAACACAAAUACUCAGCAAUUCCCCACAUCAUCAUCAGGCCCUUGUCACAGACGAUGGGGGACUAUAAGGGGGAGGAGCCUAGAGCACCAACCCGUGAGGAGAACCUGUUACCGGGCCUCACAACCUUAAACUGCUCCACCGAACUGCUGGAAUGGGUGGAAAAAUGAUUGUUGUGAAACACACAACAAUCAUUUGGUUGUCUGAGGUCUGGGUGUAUAAAUGAUGUGUGGAUGUGGAUAGGUUGGUGUCGCAAUAUUGUAUAUAAAACAGGAGAGAGCAAGCAAGGAUUGUUAUCCUCCAAAGAGGUAGAGAAUAUAAAUCCAAUCAGGGUUGGGGACUACACAUAGGCCUUAUCAGUUACAUGUAAUCAGUUACUGUAAUACGUUACACUACCAGCAAAAUAUGAAUUUAGAAAAACUAGAGGAUUACUUCAAAGUAGGUUUUUGCAACAAAAAAUUAUUAUGAAUCCCUUUUUACAUCAGUAGUGUUCAGAAAGUGCUUAGGCAGAUGGCCAGCCUAAAAACCCAAAGAGCAAGAAAAGAUAUGUUGAAGUAAGUGCUCCAUAGAAAUAUAUGAACCUACAGAUAUUUUUUUCAAAACAGAUGUUUGUUGGCUUUUUGAAACCAAG